CAAUGCCCCCUUUUCCAGGGAGGGGCAAAACUCCUGAAAGCUCUUGGAAGUUUGUAAUAUUUUAACGUGAGUGCCUUCGAGGCCUCAUUUAUUUCUUUAGGAGUCACUGAAGACACUGUGCGGGCGCCUCCCCGACCCAGCCCUCCAGGGAGGGAACUCGUCCAAGGACGCUCUGUGAAUUCUGCAGAAUUCAGUCUUCCAGCUGCUGCCCUCCCAGAACCGAUAGUUUUAGCUCCGACCCGCACAGCCGGAGUUCGAGGAAUCCAGUCCGGGCAUCGGACGCAGUCUGGCUCGCAGCCGUCAGAGUUUGGACCGGACGCCCGGGCGGGCGUGGCUGUUGGACCCCAGCGCCGCGCCUCCCAAGUGGGAGCCCAGGCUCGCCCCGGAGUGGGGCGGGGCUGUGGGCGGGACCUGAUUGCUGCGGCCCCCGCAUUGGCUCCACGGAUAGGGGGCGGGGCUUCAGGGGCCACGGUGCGCACUGUAAGUUCACAGCCCUAGUCGGUCCCAUCGCCGCACGGUCCAGCUCCGGAGAUUUUGCCGCCCACCCGUCCGCCGCCUGCGCGCCUCCAGCUCCUCGGCCCUGAACCCCGAGAGCAUCACGGCCUCCAAGCUCUGUACCUUCCUGCUCCCAGUUUUCAGAAGAGUUUUCAACCCUUUUGGGAGGCAGGGAUUUUUGCUGUCUUUACCUUGGACUUCAUCGAUCGUUGAUCUUUUCUGAAUUCCUGGGGUCACCUUUGGUUACACCCCACACGCUAGUCUUGGCCCCUUGGCGGGUGUUGCGGGGUCUGGACCCCUCCCUCGGGGUUUCUGGGUGAGGGUGGUGAUAACGGACGGUUCCAGCCUUGGCAGCCAGGCCUGGGUGCCGAGGUCGCAAUGUCCACCAAGGUGCCCAUCUAUCUGAAGCGCGGCAGCCGCAAGGGCAAGAAGGAGAAGCUGCGGGACCUGCUGUCCUCCGACAUGAUCAGCCCGCCGCUGGGGGACUUCCGCCACACCAUCCACAUCGGCAGCGGCGGCGGCAGCGACAUGUUUGGUGACAUCUCCUUCCUGCAGGGCAAGUUCCACCUCCUGCCGGGGACGGCCAUCGAGGAAGGCGAGGAGGAUGGCAGCUUCGAGCUGCCCUUCCAGUUCACGCGCACGGCCACGCUGAGCGGGCGCGAGCUCCCCGAUGGGCCGUCCCCUCUGCUCAAGAACGCCAUCUCCCUCCCGGUCAUCGGCGGGCCCCAGGCCCUCACCCUGCCCACCGCCCAGGCCCCACCCAAACCCCCGCGCCUGCACCUGGAGACCCCUCAGCCUUCCCCACAGCCCUCCCCGCAGGAGGCAGGGUGUGUGGACAUCUGGAGGAUUCCGGAGGCUGGCUCCGCCCACAGUGGGCUGACCCCCGAGUCAGGGGCCGAGGAGCCCUUCCUGUCCCAUGCCAGCUCCCUGCUCUCUCUGCACGUGGACCUGGGGCCUUCCAUCCUGGACGACGUCCUCCAGAUCAUGGACCAGGACCUGGGCCACCUGCAGAUCCCCACAUAGGACCCGAUGCUGGCCAAGCUGGGUGCCCAGGCUGGGCUGAACGCCAGAGGCAGGGGGUGGACACUGCCCUGGCCUAGAAGUCCGGGUCCCAAGGUCCCACCUGUGUGGUUGCUGGCCAGUGAUGUCUCACUUUGAGCCUUUAUUUCUCUCCCUCCCACCUUCUACCCGUGGGCAGAGAGGCCUCAUUGCUGUCCCCUAGGCCCCAUGAGGACAUGUGCAGCCCAAAGUGCCUCUUCAUCUUGGGCCCCCAGCACCCCCACUGCCAGCUGCUCCUCAGAGCCCUUGGACGAAGGCUCUGCUGAGGCGGACUCUGCUUUUGGCCUCCCUCUGCCUCAGCCCCUGCUGGGGGGCGGGGGCAGCACAGCCAGAUGGACUUCCAGCUCCGUGCUGAGGACUGAGGACAUGGCAUCAGCGACUGACGUCCCUCUGCCCCACCCUCCCCCAUGACCAGGGGAUUCUGGUUGCAAUAAAACAUGCUGCUGCUGGUA